AUUCCUACCUUAGCGGGACCUCGACAGGCGCGCGGCCCACCGACGACAUACGUACAGUCCAGCCCAGAACACUUCACAUUAAGGCCAUCAACCAGCCAACAUGUCUCAACCCAUGGCCCCGCCUCCACCUCCCCCGCAAUGGGUUAUCGACCUCAAUAGCCCUCCUAUCUCGAAGCCAAAGUCCUCAGCUAUCCCGGAUCCACCGGGAUUUACAGGGGCUCCUACCAGCGGAUCAAAAAAGCAACAACUUGCGGCAGGCAAGAAUGCGCGCAAACCACCUACGACAGAAGAAACAGACACGCUUAAGCUGAAGAAGGCAUGGGAGGUCGCGUUGGCACCAGUGAAGCAGAUCCCCAUGACUGGCUUCAUGAUGUAUAUGUCGGGCAAUGGGCUUCAAAUAUUCUCGAUUAUGAUGGUUGUGAUGGCAUUUAAGAACCCCUUGAUGGGACUACUGGCGACAAAUUCGGCGUUCCAACGGUUCGAAAGCGAGGGAACAGCGCAGAAGUUGAUGUUGGUGAAGGCGGCAUAUGUGGCAAUGCAGAUAGCAUCGUUUGGCUUGGGAAUCUGGAAAGUAAACCAGAUGGGGUUGUUACCGACGACGAGAUCAGAUUGGCUGGCAUGGGAGAGCGCGAGGGAACCAUUGGAAUACGCCAUACCAGCGUUUUAAUAGGUGUAUUAUAUUAUGUCAAACUUAAAUUACCCGUUCGUUCGAAGUGAUCCACCGCUAUAGUAUGGCUCUAUCCGUCGAGAUAAUACACCGAACUCAUUCCGAAGCAUCAUUUAUCUGAUGGACCUUCCAUGAUGAAAUGUGUACAACAAACAAACUGGCGCAAGGAUUGUAAAACCACAGUGGCCCCAUGACUGAUCAUAAAUACGUUGAUUCAUUUCAUUUAGUUGGCAUAAUUACUAUUACCUUUACAACUUGCUUCCGGUAUCCUUCUUAAUCCUGAUUAUCAACUUGCCAAACUGCUUUCCUUGCUUCAUCUCCUGGAACAGCUCUUCCACGCCCUUCAAGUUAUCCAACCCAUCCACCACCCUCGACACGACAGGCACAAUCUUCUUCUCGUUGACGAAUCUCAC